AUGGCUCUCAGACCAAUUGGCUGGAUAUGUGGGGAGAUGGUUAGGAAGUUUGCUGGACAAGCUGAGAUAAUACAGAGAAUUUUCCUGGAAAUUAUAGAUGAGAUUAAAGAUGAAUUCCCAAACGUAUUGAGACUGACAAGUUCAAAUCAGCAAGCAGAGGCUGUUGUACAGGAAUCUAGGUCUAUGGUGGCCAAGGUAUUCUCUUCAGCUCACGGAGCAGUCAUUAUGAAUGGGCUAAAUAAACUCUCCCGAUCUUCAAAAUCAAUUGCUAAACUUUUGCAGCCACGACUUGUUAGAAAAUUUGUAGAGCUAAAUAUGAUUUCAGAUCGUCUCUUGAAAAAUAGAAAUGCUCCCAAACAGCCUUUGUAUAAAAUGAAGGACAGAAAACUGUUCUUUUAUGAUGUGAUUUCUUACCCAGCAAAGACUGCCCUCACUGGUGUAAUGUGCGCUUCCUAUGCAGCACUAAUUUAUCUGGCAAUCUCCAUUAGUAAAAUACUGGAAAAAAUAAAAAUGAUUGUUCAAAGAGAAAAAAUCUCCCAGGAAAGCAGCAGCAAUGGUGUUGGUGGAAACGCUCUUCCCAGAGUUGCUAAAGCAGCAAGCUACUCUGCAACUUCUGCCCAGCAGCAAGAAUCUCCUGAGUUUACCAUUAAGGCAUCAAGGAGCAAUCGCAGCAUCUAUACUCUACAUUCAGCACUGGAUGCAGAAAAUGAAUAG